AUGGUUAAAUUGGUAAUUGUCACCUUAAGUUUAAUCGCGGUUGCUGCCGCCGGUUCAGCAUAUGGCUACGGCAGCCGCCACGAAGGUCACGAGGUACACGGUGGGUCAGGAGGUCAUGACCAAGGACACGACGUAGGUCAUGGAAGCGCUCAAGGUGGUGCAUGGAACCAUGAGCAAGGACUGGAGCACGGUGGUGUCCACGGUGUCCACGGAGGUGUCCACGGUGGAUCAGAAGGUCACGACCAAGUCUAUGAACACGGCGUUGGUCAUGGAAGCGAGCAUGGUGGAUCAUGGAGUCAUGAACAAGCAUCGGAGCACGGUGGUGGCCACGGAGGUGUCCAUGGUGGAUCAGGAGGUCACGACCAAGGAUUCGAACACGGCGUCGGUCAUGGAAGUGCUCAUGGUGGAUCAUCGAAUCAUGAGAAAGGACAGGGACACGGCAACGUCCAUGGCGGUCACGGUCAAUUCGGUCCACACGGCUACGGCGGCGGUGGUCACGGUAGUCAGGGCCACGGUGGACUCGGUGACUCUGGGUUUGCUGGAGGUCAAGGGGGCGGCCACGGGGGCGGCCACGGGGGUAACCAAGGCUUAGGAGGAGGCAGUCAUGGAAGUUUUAGUGGACACGAUUCCGGAUUUGGUGGAGGUCAUCAAGGAGGUGGAGGAUCUGAAGGCAGCCACGGUGGCCUUGGUGGUCAUCAAGGUGGAUUCGGUGGUGGACACGAAGCAACUGGACAUCAAGGAGGCUUCGGAGGUGGCGCAGGGCAUGGCGUCGGGGGUGGACACGGCGGUGGAUACGGUAGUCACUAUUAA